AUGUUCAAAAGCGUUUUACAAGAGCACAAUGGCAGGAAGGCGGAGUUGAGGAGGCAGGGUGACAAGGCAAGGAUCGCGGCGAUCAGCAGCGCCGAAGCUCUGACAUCAAGUCUUGUGGAAGCAGUGGACUCCGAAGUUUCCAAGGCUUUCGAGCUGGAAAAGCUGCUCAGCAAGGAGGCCAAAGAGGCGCGCGCAUUGGCUGUCAAAUUCAAGGACCAGACCAGCAGCUGGAUUGCUGCAGCGCGCAGGGCUGACGCCGUGCUGCGAGAGUUUGGGGACGCGGAGAAUUACCUGAGGGUGAUUGAGGGGGACAUGCGCGAAGUGGUGCGCAUGCUGCAGCAGCUCAGCGCAGCCGCCGAGGCCCGCCAACGGCCCACAACGGGCACUGCAGCCGCUGCCACAAUGGCUUCCAAUGCAGACAGCGUGCCCGGCCGGGCAGAGGGACUGCCCUAUCGGGCACAGAGCGCUGGGAGUCGGGCAGGCGGGCAGGCCACAUCGGCGCAAGAGCUGCCCGGCCGGGCAGUUUGCGCGGUCAGGCGGGCAGCUGCGGGCUGCCCGGCGCUGCGCAGGGCCUGGGCAGCGCUGAGCCGCGAUCUCCUGGCGCUGCUGACGAGGCUGCGGCCGGCGAUUAUGUUAGAUUAUGUAACCCACGUGCCUGAACAGGAGCUGUGCAGCCUCGUGCAAGAAGUCGCUUCCCUCGUGCCCCGGGCCCCAGGCACCGAAGGUGUGGAGCUAUUUGUUGCUGAGCUGGACGGUUGCUGUUACAUACUGCGGCCAGACCUGGUCCUGGAGAGGGCAAGGGACAGCAGUGCAGUGCGGUGGAUUGCAUUUGCCGAGGAGGGGCACUCGACUCGCUGCCACUGGGCCACCGAUGUACAGUCUGAGAUCGUGCACGGGCGGCUCGUGGCAGUGGCAGAGCAGCUGCGGCAAUUUUGCGCAAGCGGUUGCGAGGAUCGUGUCUUUCGCCUGGGGUCUUGUUCAGGCAUGCCCAGUGCGCCCAUAAUGCCCAGCCUGAGUGGGUGGCUGCUGGGCUACCCAGUGGCCUAUUUAGUGGACGCUGCCAAUGUUGGCGCUGCCGCCAGCUGGCUCUCCUCCGCUGACCUGGCGCUGCACAGCGUCAUCAUUGCUUGCCCGCUGCUGCAGGAAGCUGUUGGCAAGGCAGGCAGCCUCAGCGCAUCCAGCCGCGCUGACCUGGACGUACUCUGCAGCUUCACCGUGCCUGCGGAACUCCUGUCCAAUGGGGACAGUGAUGUCAAACUCCACCUGCAAAAUUGGGUGCAAGGACUUUGCCAGGGCACGAAUGGAGGCAGCGCGCCGAACCAGGAUGCUCGUAGCUUGUUGGGGACUUUGUGGGGCCCUGUCAGAGUGGAGGUAGAUGUGUCCAGGCACCACGUGGUACUGUAG